AUGCCACCGGAACUGAGACAAAUGAUUACCAGAUCUCUCUUUGAUAUCGUCAAGGAGCAUGGUCCAAUCACCAUUUCUAAUACAUGGGAACGCGUCCAGGAAGUUGGACUGAAAGAUUUGACAAGCAAGAAUCACAUGAAAGUAGUUUUGAGAUGGAUGAGAGAGCGACAGAAGCUUCGUCUUGUUUGCAACCAUGUAGGUGCUCAUAAACAAUUCCUCUAUACUACUUGGUUUACCAAACCAGGUACUAUUCAGGCUGCAAUAGCAACUCCGACAACUACAACAGCACGAGAAGCUUUGCAAGCAAGGCUCGGAGUCAGGGAACAGAUGAACCUAAAACUGAACGCGUUUCAAAAGAGAUCAAAAUGA